CCCCACUGGUACAGCCUCCGCGCUCUGUCAUGGCGGCGUCCGGUGUUCAAGCCCGUAUGAACGGACAGGAUGUUAGGGUUUUUGUCAGCGAGACAGACCGGUUUGGACGACCCUCUUCGCCUCCGGAGAGCGGAGUCCACACGGAGGGUUUUGGGACUGGAGUUAAACAAAGACAGAGAUGUUGAAAGGAUUCAUGGCAGUGGAGUUAAUACCCUUGACAUUGAACCUGUUGAAGCAAGAUACAUGUUAUCAGGUGGUUCAGAUGGUGUGAUUGUACUUUAUGACCUUGAGAACUCCAGCAGACAACCUUAUUACACAUGUAAAGCAGUGUGUUCCGUUGGCAGAAACCAUCCUGAUGUUCACAAAUAUAGUGUGGAGACUGUACAGUGGUAUCCUCAUGACACUGGCAUGUUCACAUCAAGCUCAUUUGAUAAAACUCUGAAAGUGUGGGAUACAAAUACCUUACAAACUGCAGAUAUAUUUAAUUUUGAAGAAACAGUUUAUAGUCAUCAUAUGUCUCCAGUUGCCACCAAGCACUGUUUGGUAGCAGUCGGUACUAGAGGGCCCAAAGUACAACUUUGUGACUUAAAGUCUGGAUCCUGUUCCCACAUUUUACAGGGUCACAGACAAGAAAUAUUGGCAGUUUCUUGGUCACCACGUUGUGAAUACAUCUUGGCAACUGCAAGUGCUGACAGCAGAGUAAAAUUAUGGGAUGUCAGGAGAGCAUCAGGAUGUUUAUUUACUCUUGAUCAGCAUAAUGGAAAAAAGUCACAAGCUGUUGAAUCAGCAAACACUGCUCAUAAUGGGAAAGUUAAUGGCUUAUGUUUUACAAGUGAUGGGCUUCACCUCCUUACUGUUGGUACGGAUAAUCGAAUGAGACUCUGGAAUAGUUCCAAUGGAGAAAACACACUAGUAAACUAUGGAAAAGUUUGUAAUGACAGUAGAAAAGCAUUGAAAUUCACUGUCUCCGAUGGCUGCAGUUCAGAAUUUGUUUUCAUGCCAUAUGGUAGCACCAUUGCUGUUUAUACAAUUUACUCAGGAGAACAGAUAACUAUGCUUAAGGGACAUUAUAAAAGUGUUGACUGCUGUGUAUUUCAGUCUCAUUUCCAGGAACUUUAUAGUGGUAGCAGAGACUGCAAUAUACUUGCUUGGGUUCCAUCCUUAUAUGAACCAGUUCCUGAUAAUGAUGAGCCUACAACCAAACCACAGUUAAAUCCAGCAUUUGAAGAUGCAUGGAGCAGCAGUGAUGAAGAAGGAUGACCAUCAAUCCUGAGUACUUCUGUGUCUCUGUUGAUGAAACUUUUAAAAUGCGACUGUGUUGUGUGGGUAUUGUUUUCUUAACUGUCCAGUGACAGCUAAAUUAUCAUUAAAAUUGGAAUUUCUUUUUUAAUUUAAAAAGAAGUCUUCCUCUAAGCCACAAAUAACUGUAUUGCUUCUUUCUAGUUCCAUAAAUAUACAUGCUCAUUGUAAAUAAUUCAAAUGACUUUUGAACAGUCACCUGGAACCAUAUCACCCUAAGGUAACUACUACUAACAUUUUGGUGGCCAUUCUUCCAUGCAUCUUUUUAUAACAUAAUUUUACAUAAUGGGAUGUUUGGCAUGUUGUUGCUGUCAUGGAAAUUCCUCUCCUCCCACAUGAGCAUCUCUCUCCCGAUCCCUGAUGGCAGUCCACAUUAUUAACCAAGUAUGUGUGUGUGUUCUUUCACAUUUUACAAUCCUAUAUGGACCUAUAUAGACAUAGAUGGGGAAGUAUUUUUAUUUUGCAAAAAUGGAAUGUAUACAGUUCUGUCUUGAUUUUGUUUCCAGUUACAGCUCAUAGGAGUCCUUGUCAUUUGGUAUAAAUAAGCAUUUGUCUAUA